AUGAACUCAAACUUAGUCAAUACUGAAAUAUUGAGCAAAGAAACCGGGUUGGACUCCUUAGGAAAUACUAGCUGUAUAUACCCUAAAGAUUUAACAACUCAAGAACCUGUUUCAACAGCACUAGAUGAUAUUAAUUUAUGUGCUGAGAUAUCACCUGCACUUUCAGAUGUAGAACCUCCUAAAAUUAAGUCUCCUAAGAACUCAAGUCCAUCUGGAAAUUUUAUAAAUUUUGGACUUAGUGGUAAUCAAACAAAUCAGAGAGAUACAACUAUACCUAUCGGUCAAAGUCAUCUUUCUGAGGUAUUAAAUCUUGAAUAUUUGGCAUCUUAUCACAAACCAAUAGAAUUCAACUAUGAGAAUAACAAUGUAGAAAUUCUUGUGACUGGUGCUACUGGAUUUAUUGCAUCCCAUAUAGUAGAGAGAUUGUUAUUACGAGGAUAUAAGGUACGUGGUACAAUAAGAUCUUUAGAAAGUAGUACUUAUAAUUAUCUUGAGGCACUACCUUAUGCAAAACAAAACCUAAGAUUAGUUGAAGCUAAUCUCCUUAACUCCUCAAUAUGGAAUGAGGUUAUCAAAGAUUGCCAAGUUGUAAUUCACUGUGCAUCCCCCUAUUCAAUGGAUUUUAAUGAUCCUUAUGUUGAUAUCAUAAAUCCAGCAGUUGAAGGAACAAAAAAUGUGAUUGAUGCAUGUUGUUUAUGUAAUGAUGUUAAGACUGUGGUUCUAACUUCUUCAAUAGCUGCAAUUGUAGGUGAUUAUGAAAAUGGCAAAGUCUACUCAGAAGCUGACUGGAAUGAGGUCAGUAAUCCCCUUAUUGAACCAUAUCUAUAUAGUAAGACUGCUGCAGAGCGCCUAGCACAUCGUACAAUUGAUGAACAACGUCCUGAUUUAAAUUUGAUAGUUGUUAAUGUAGGGAUGACUAUUGGACCAUCUUUUCGCACUGAUAUUAAUCAGUCUGUACAAUGGAUAUAUGACAUGAUAUCAGGAGGUAUUCCUACUUUAGUCGACUUUCAGACAGGGUGGAUUGAUGUUAGAGAUGUUGCUGAGAUACACAUCCGCUUAUUUGAAACAAAAGAAAGUCAUGGUAGAUAUAUUUGUGUUCAGGGUAUGCAUACAUUACAGGAUAUUGCUCGAAUUAUUAAAGUCACAAAACCUCACCUAAAAACUCCGAGUAUUGUAAUUCCAACAUUUCUUGCGAAAUUAUUUAUCUCAUUGUUUACAUCAAAGAGUGCAGCCUGCUUCUUAAAAAAGACCAUGGGGAAACAUAUAUUGAUUAGUAAUGCGAAACUUGUUUCUCACUUGUCAGACUACAAGUUCAUACCUAUAGAAGAAUCUCUAACAGAUACUUGUACCGAUCUUCAAAACAAAUUCAAAAUACAAUCAUCUCUCUUCAGUUUCCUAAGAUCCUGA